AUGUCUGAUCAACCCGCUGUUGCUCCUACAGUUGAGCCGGUGUCUGCUUCCGCGCCUGCUGUUGCUCCUGCUGCGGAGAAGGCCCCCGAGAGCCAGCUUGAGCAGAAGCCUGAAGAACCAGCUGCUACUGAGCAGAAGGAACAAUCAGCUAGCAACGAUACCCCUGCCACCGAAAACAAGGACACAACCACGGAAACUCCCGUGGCGGAAGAAUCCACCGCAGAGGCCCCUGCCAACGACAACAAAGAGGGCGAGGCCCAGCCCGAGUCCGAAAAGCCCACCUACCUGAAGAACAAUGCCGCUCUAUCGCAGUUCUUCGACCGUCUCUCUGAUAUCCUCAAGGAUGCUGACUACAGUGAGAUGUGGGGUGUGACCCUCCAGGAGGACUCAGCGAACGUCCCCACGAUCAACAUCCUGAUAAAGUACCUGCGUGCCAACGAGGGCAAUGUCAAGUUGGCGGAGAAGCAGUUGGUCAAGGCGCUGAAGUGGCGUAAGAGUAUGGAUCCGGUUGCGUUGGCGGAGAGUGGGGUUUAUGAUGCGGGCAAGUUUGCGGGUUUGGGGUAUUUGACUAAUUACACGGAUGCGGAUGGAAAGGAGACGGUUGUUACCUGGAAUAUUUAUGGUGCUGUUAAGGAUUUGGGUCAUGCUUUUGGUGAUUUGGAUGAGUUCAUCAAGUGGCGUGUCGCUCUUAUGGAGCUGGCCAUUAAGGAUCUAAAGCUCAACGAGGCGACUACUGUCAUCGACUACGACGGCGAAGACCCUUACCAGAUGAUCCAGGUCCACGAUUACCUGAACGUCAGCUUCCUGCGCAUGAACCCCAAGGUCAAGGCCGCCACCAAAAAGACCAUCGACAUCUUCACCACUGGCUACCCGGAGCUGCUUCGCGAGAAGUUCUUCGUCAACGUCCCUGCCAUCAUGGGCUGGAUGUUCUCUGCCAUGAAGGUUUUCUUGAGCAAGAACACCACCCGCAAGUUCCACCCCAUCUCUAAUGGAGCGAACCUGGCUCGUGAGUUCCCGGGACUUGUUGACAGGUUCCCUGCUGCGUAUGGUGGUAAGAGUCCUGAGUUGCAGAGCACUGCUCGCACUGUGAACCUCACCUCUGAAGCUUCCCACGAGACCCCCCAGGAGACUCCCAAGGACGCUGGAGAAGCUCCCCAAGAGCAGCCCCAGGAGCAGCCCCAGGAGCAGCCCCAGGAACAGCCCAAGGAGGAAUCCAAGGAACCUGCUAAGACCGAGACGACUGAAACGCCUGCUACCACCGCUGCCUAG